AUGCAUUGGCCACAGAAAGAUAUAAGGGGCAGAGGCCUCUUGUCAUGUUGUUUUUUUAUUAUUGAUCUCAGUUUUUCCAAGCUGAAUAUUUGAACAAAAAAUGGCAUGUUUUGUUUUGAAAGGCCUUACCUAUUUUUGUUGAUGUUAAAGAGGCCAGAUGUACUACAGCAACUUAAAUUAUGUAUGUACAUAGUUAUAUUUAAAUCUCUUUCUGGGAAAACCAUGGUAGCACAAACAUGUACUUGCUGUUUUGAAGGUUACUGACACUAACUUAAUAGGCAGCUAGUAUACUCUGGUUAACUUAAUUCAGUCAUGCAUAAAACAUGCACACGAGUCUAAAUCAUGCAUUCCACUUAAAUUCUGUUUUCACAAGACUUCUUUUACCAUUCGGUUUUCCUAAAAAAUGAAGAGAUUUUUUUCUGAAUCAACCCGAGAAUCAAAAUGUUGGUCCAUGUGUCUGUUACAAUGAUGCCAUGUCAAAGCAAUACAAGCUGAUCACUGCUUUUUUCUGAUGAUAAAACAGUGUUGCUGUGUGACGCUGUUAUUUUAUGUGUAUAUAUAGAAGCAUACACAAAUCUGUUACAUUUUGAAAUAUUAUACUUAUAGUGCUGGAAGAAUUCUGAUGUUGUUAGCAUCAUUAUUGUUGUGUACUUUUAUAUAACAUAAUCUGAACAAUUUUAUUGUAUCAAAUGAAAACAGAAAUGUCCAUUUAGCUUUUGUAUCAUUGCACUGCCUUUAAAAGAUCAAAAUAUAGCCAUUUAUUCAUACUUACUUUCCAUUCUAAGCAUGUGUUGAUUACUUUCUGUGAAGGAUAUCAUUUUCAUUUUUUAUAAGGGAGAGAUUAAACUUUUUCAAAGAUUUUCAAUAAUCUGUUUCUCUGUAUUGAAUUUGCCUAGUCAAUUAUUUCAUCUUUCAAUGCUUUCUUUGCCUGUAUAGACCAGUUGUGUUCAAAGUUUAUUUUUAACUGGCAAUAUUUCAUUAUUUACAGUUAUAAUGUGAAAUUCUUUUACAAUAAGAGAUUGAAGUGGUAUGUUGUAUUCAUCUACCACUGACAUUUGUGUUCAACUCCAUUUUAAUACUUUUUUUUAUCGAUCAACUUAACUGUCAUUCGCUUGAAAUUAUUUUUAAAAUGAAGUUUUGAUUUUAGUGCAAUCUCUUAAACAUUUUAUUUUUAGAAUCAAUGUUUAAUGUGUUCAAAUUUUUAUUUUCACUUUUAAUUUAUUUUUUUUUUAUAUAUAAUGGAAAUCAUUUGAACUAGGAUUUCCAAAUAUCUAAAAUUGAAUUUUUUAGGACGACAUAAUAUCAGAAAUACUGAGCUAGUGCCUUAAGUCGUUUCUUUUUUUCAUGGAAGAAAACAUCAGUUUAUAUGAAAUUAAAUAGACAAACAGAAAUGAAAUCAACUUGAAAAGUAAUGUUUGUUUUUAAGAUACAUUUUGAUUAAGGAGGAAAGAAAGUGUUUUCUGUAUUGUUUGCAUGACUACGUUUCCUCAUCAUGCUUUUGUACAUACUUUUCGACUAGUUGUAGAUCAGACCCGAUAUCUGUACAGCUUUCCAUCUGAUCGUUUUUAUUUUUGAUUAGAUCAUCUUGUUUUCAUAUUGUGCCUUGAUGGCAAGAACAACUUGCAUUUUUUUAAACAAGAUAGUCGUUGAUAUGCUUCUUUACACAGUUAUAUUGUUUAAUUUAUGGAAUUCAAACUUGAUUUAAUCAUAUUGUUAAAAAUGUUGCUUUUUUAUUCAAGUAUAUAAAAUUGUAUUAAUAUUGUAGAUAUUUGUAUGAAAGACAAAUAAAAACAAUUAAAAUAA